UGCACUCCUCCGCUCCAUCAGCUGUCUCUCUCUCUCUCUUUCCUUCCCUCCACGAUCCCGCUCACUUUACCCGGAGUCUCCCCUUCUCCACGACACGGACACGAGGAUGGGCGCCAGGAGGUGUAGCCCGCGUUUGGAGCCCGUUUUCGGCUGCGUCCUGCUGCUCCUGCUCGGUCCCGUGGCUCCGCAGUGGCCAGAGGAGAGCGGCGUGUCUCUGCUGGAGCUGAUCGGAGACCCUCCCCCAGAGGAAAUCUCGCGAGAGUUCGGCCCCGACAACACGCCCGGAUACGUGUUUGGCCGCGACACCAACACGGGACAGCUAGCUCGCGCGCACCUGCCCAACCCGUUCCACCGCAACUUUGCCCUCCUCUUCCACCUGAAGCCCACCACGGACCGAGCGGGGGUGGUCUUCUCCGUCAUCAACGCCCAGCAAAACCUCAUGUACGUGGGGGUCAAGCUCUCCCAAGUCCAGGGCAACAACCAGGAGGUGAUCCUGUUCUACACCGAGCCUGGAGCACAGAGGAGCUUCGAAGCGGCUCGCUUCCCUGUGUCGUCCCUGAAGAACAUCUGGACGCGCUUCGCUGUCGCUGUGGACGAUGACAGAGUGAAGUUUUACCUGAACUGCGACACGGACCCUCAGGUGACGAGGAUGGAGAGGAGCCCGGAGCCCAUGCAGCUGGAGCCCGGGGCCGGGGUGUUCGUGGGACAGGCCGGAGGAGCCGACAAGGACAAGUUUAUGGGUGUGAUCAGUGAGCUGAGGAUCGUGGGCGACCCCAGAGCCGCAGAGAGACAGUGUGAGGAGGAAGAGGACGACUCUGACAUGGCGUCUGGAGAAGGAAGUGGAGACAUCCCAACAAGAAACGAUGGCAGAAUUCCAUUUGUGACGUCUCCUCCUCCCAUGAGAGAACCUCCAGUGACCAGACCCUACGAGCCCGACACACACAGAGGCACAGGACCCGCGGGACCCAGAGGAGAUAAGGGUGACCGAGGAGAGAGGGGGGAGAAGGGAGACAGAGGACCCCAGGGACCCAGGGGAGAUACUGGGUCGAGCAGCAGCAGAGGAGGAGGGUCCCGCGGAGAUAAGGUCACAGAUUUCUCCUCGUGCGCAGAGAUAAUUUGCUCACUCGCAGUUAAAAUGUACGAGUUGGUCUCCGAGAGCCGUGAGAGCAGUGUGGUGGAGUCUGGCCCCGGGGCCCCAGGACCCGCGGGACCCAGAGGAGAUAAGGGUGACCGAGGAGAGAGGGGGGAGAAGGGAGACAGAGGACCCCAGGGACCCAGGGGAGAUACUGGGUCGAGCAGCAGCAGAGGAGGAGGGUCCCGCGGAGAUAAGGGAGAACCAGGAGAAAAAGGCUCCAAGGGCAGUGCCGGCUUCGGGUAUCCGGGCUCUAAAGGUGAGCCUGGUCCCAUUGGGCCCCCAGGUCCUCCCGGCCCCCCUGGUCCUCCAGCGGAGUUUUCUGUGAACAGUGAUGGGACUAGGGUUUCAACUGUGCCCGGCCCCAGAGGUCCCCCCGGGCCCCCAGGAGCCCCAGGAGCUGAGGGACCAGCCGGAGAAGACGGAGAGCCGGGAGAUCCUGGUGAAGACGGAAAAACUGGCCCCGAGGGACCUCCAGGAUUCCCAGGGACCCCCGGAGACACCGGCCCUAAAGGAGAGAAGGGCGACAGUGGAGAAGGCCAGCCUGGACCCAGAGGCCCCCCAGGGCCUCCUGGCCCCCCUGGACCUGGACACAGAUCAACGUUUGUGGACAUGGAGGGCUCUGGCUUCCCUGAUCUGGAGACUCUCCGGGGCCCCCCUGGUUUACCUGGCCCCCCCGGUCCCCCUGGUCCCCCCAGCCCCUCCACCGGCACUGCUCUGAGCUCCGGGGCAUUCGGACCCCCAGGGAAGGAUGGAGCCCCCGGUCAGCCUGGACGACCCGGUCUGCCCGGGAAAGAAGGAGUGAUCGGACGCCCGGGACCCAAAGGAGAAAAGGGCGACUCUGGAGUCUUGGGGCGACCUGGAGCAGUCGGGUGCAAAGCUGAGUUAGAGAUGAUGAUCCAUGUGUUUGUGUCCUCCAGACUAGACGAUUGUAACAGUCUGAUUACCUCUCUGAGCAAGAAUGAACUGACCCAGCUGCAGAUGGGGGACAGAGGAGAGCCGGGCUUGCCUGGGUCUGCCGGAGAGCCUGGUCUGGCCGGACUUCCGGGACCCAUGGGACCAAUGGGACCCCCUGGCCCCCCCGGACCCCCAGGACCAGGAAGAUCCAGAGCAGGAUUCGACGAUAUGGAAGGUUCUGGAGGAGUUGGACUUCCUGGACUCAGAGGGCCAGAGGGACCACAGGGCCCACCUGGACUCCCAGGACUUCCUGGUAAACCAGGCCUCCCCGGGUUCCCAGGAAAUAAGGGCGCUGAGGGGUCUCAGGGCAGAGAUGGACAGCCUGGUCUGGAUGGGUUCCCUGGACCUCAGGGUCUUAAAGGAGACAGAGGAGACAAAGGAGACCGAGGAGAACCAGGCCGAGAUGGAACUGGACUUCAAGGACCUCCAGGACCCCCCGGACCUCCAGGACAGAUCAUCUACAAGAGCCCAGACAAUGUGGACCAUGUCAUUGGUGGUGUUGGACCUCAGGGAGGACCUGGUCUGCCCGGUCAGGCUGGAUUCCCUGGCCCCGUUGGACCUAAAGGAGAGCGUGGAGAGCCUGGUGUGCCUGGAUUUGGUCUCAAGGGGGAGAAGGGGGAGCCUGGGCUGGUGGUGGGUCCUGAUGGAAGCUUCCUCCGACUGGAAGGACUCACAGGACAGAAGGGUGACAGAGGACUCGUGGGAUCCAUGGGACCUCCUGGUCCUCAAGGUCCUCAGGGAAUUAAAGGGGAGAUCGGGAUGCCUGGUCGACCUGGUCGUCCUGGAGUGAACGGCUACAAAGGAGAGAAGGGAGAACCUGGAACAGGAUCUGGCUCUGGGUUUGGAUAUCCUGGACCCCCAGGCCCCCCCGGACCCCCCGGACCUCCUGGACCCUCUCACCCCUAUGACCGCUUCAAUCGUUUUGAAGACAACGCCCGCAGUUAUGGAGGGCAGAAAGGUGAGAAAGGAGACCAGGGAGAGCGAGGACUUCCAGGAGCAUCAGGAUCUGGCAGCUUCGACGUGUACUCAUAUCUGAACGACCUAAAGGGGGCACAAGGAGAACCUGGACUAAAGGGAGAGAAGGGAGAGCCCGGCGGAGGAGCAUAUGACCCAAACUACAUCCUACAAGGACCACAGGGACCUCCAGGACAACCCGGACUACCUGGUCCAAAAGGUGAUUCUGUGGUGGGUCCUCCUGGACCUCAGGGCCCUCCUGGCCCUGCUGGUGUCGGGUAUGAUGGUCGGCCUGGACCACCUGGUCCCCCUGGGCCCCCAGGAAACCCCGGGGCCUCAGUGCAUGGAGGAUACCCCCCGGUGACCAUACCAGGACCCCCAGGCCCCCCCGGCCCCCCUGGCACUCCAGGACACUCCUCUGGGGUGACGAUUCUGAACUCUUUCGAAACCAUGAUGGCCACUGCACGGCGUCAGCCCGAGGGAAGUCUCAUCUACAUCCUGGACAGAGCCGACCUGUACCUGCGCGUGCGGGAGGGCAUCCGGCAAGUCCUGCUCGGUGAAUAUAAUCCCUUCUUCAGAGAUCUGGAGAACGAGGUAGCAGAGGUGCAUCCCCCUCCAGUGGUCGUUUACCCCCAGUCCCCGGUCCGUAACCCAGACCAGAGCAGAGACCACAACCAGGAUCAGAGCCAGAACAACGGGGCGGGACACUACUCCGAGAGCGUCAUCAGGCCCAUAGAACCUCCAGUCUACAAGCCCCCAGUAGAACCAGUCUACCCCCCACGCUACGACCCGCGCUUCCCUGACCCCAGGCUCACUCAGGCCGGCCACACGGACGGCGGUACGGCCCCCGAGAGGACGGAGAACCACUAUCCUUAUCCUGCAGUGACCACCCAGAGGAGACCCAACCCCAACCCCCACCCCAACCCGCACCCCAACCCGUAUCCCAACCCCCAUCUGGAGACUGGAGCGACUGGGUUGCACCUGAUCGCGUUGAACUCUCCUCAGUCUGGAAACAUGAGAGGGAUCCGAGGAGCAGAUUUCCAGUGCUUCCAACAGGCCAGAGCUGUGGGUCUUAAAGGGACGUUCAGAGCUUUUCUGUCCUCCAAACUGCAGGACCUGUACACCAUUGUACGCAAGUCAGACCGAGACGGAUACAGGAUCCUUAAUCUGAAGGGUCAAGUUCUGUUUGAGAACUGGGAGUCCAUCUUUGGGGACAACGGCGCUAAACUGAAAGAGAACGUCCCAAUCUACUCCUUUGACGGACGCGACAUUCUCAGGGACAGUGCCUGGCCGGAGAAGAUGCUGUGGCACGGCUCCAGCUCUCAGGGCCAGCGGCAGAUGGAUAACUACUGCGAGACGUGGAGAGCAGGGGACCGAGCGGUGAGCGGUCUGGCCUCUGCUCUGGCCUCCGGACAUCUGCUCCGCCAGACCUCCAGCUCCUGUAGCGGCCAAUACAUCGUCCUGUGCAUCGAGAACGCGUUCACCCAACAUGCGCGCAAAUAAAGAGACCACAACAAACCUGGUUGUAAGAGGACACACUCACCCAACAUGCACGCACACAAGACUGCUACAGACCCAGAUUUAAGAGGACACUUUCCACAAACACGCCCAGAAAUAAAACAUGCAAACGGAUACAUUAAAACAACACAACAAUCCUGAAAAUCAUAGAAUGCUUUCAACAUAAAAACAUGGAAAUGUGAGAUGGUUCAGAGAAAUAAGAGGCUAGAGCAUGGAGAGAACAAGGUGUGGUUCAGCAGAAGAGUGAAGAGCUGAGGGGAGAGCGGACACCCCUGUCUGAGGCUCCAGGAGGACGGGACAUUUAACACGUGAAAUUGUGCAUGAUGUUUACAUUUGAGAAUUAACAUAACGGUUGAUACUUUGCAGCUGAUGUCAUCAACAUUCCCCGGGGUGUGAUGGUGUGAUGUUAACUGUAGGCACUGCUCUGGAUGAAGCUCUGUUCAGUUUUCAGACCAUCUUAAAACUUUCUGACAGUCUUUGCUAAUGUGUGUAUUGUAUCACCAUGGUAACUGCUGAACAUUCCACCAUUUACAAACGUGUAGAAUACCCCCAGUGUGAUGUCACUAUAAAAAGUAUCAAAGUAUUGUCAAUGGCAUCCCUCAAGCAUCCAUCGAAACUACUGUAACUAACUAAAGGUUCUAGUGUAAAAUCAAAUCUAAAAGUGAGUGGUUUUUGGUGACAGGUUGAGUUGUGAAUGAUACAACCAGGACUUUGCUGUUGUAAACUUUUGGUCAAUGUUCAAAUGUAUGAAAAGGGAAUGGUGAACAAUGAUUACGUUUAAGAAAUGGACACUGGUUGGAUAAAAAAAAACUUUUUUUUUUUUUUAAUAAUGGAUCAUAUUCAAGUACAGGACUGACAUAUUUGAUUAUUUUUUUAAUCUUUAGUUCAGUGUGCUGGUCUUGUGAUAUAAAAUUAUUAUAUUCAAAAUUUUUUACAGUUUCAUAUCAUUAAAAUAAUAUUACUAUGGGAAUAACAUUAUACACAGGCAAUUAAGGAAUAAAAAAAUAAUAAUUUUAAUCAAAUGUUUUCAGAAAUUUGGAAAAUGAGUGAGUUCUAAAGAUCCAACUGAAAUGUCCUUCUCCGUGUGUCAGUUUGUUCACUGUCCUGCUUCAUUGAUCCAAGUCACAUCUCUCAUGUAAACAUCACUUUAUAAUUUCUUUCAUUUGUGAUUUCUGGAACCUCUUAGUCCACCACUAAAGACACUAGCCUCCUUUGCUUCUCUUGUAUAAUAACUCCUGAUGUCAUGUGAUUUUGUGGCAUCCAAUGAACUGCGAGCGUGUGCUUCUGGCCCCGCCUCCUCCAGACGCCAAAGAGACGGUUGGGCGUUUUACGCAAAAAAAUUGGAUUUAUUUGAGUUUGAAAUGUUGAAUUUAAGAAAUUUUAUUUUGAUUUGAGCAGUUUUGUAGUUUAGAUUUGUUGGUUUAUUAGACGUUGAAGUGCCUUGCAUAAUGACACAAUGGUACUAUGCAAAUACCAGUAGCAAGGAUUGAACCACAGACUUUUUAGUUGGUGGUCAUUUCUAUCUACUAUGCUACUGCUGCCCUUAUGUUUUACUUUUUCUCAAUUCUCAAAUUAUUAUUAUUUUUUACAUAAUUUUGCCGUGAAGAAGAAGAAAAAUAUGAGAGGCCAUUUAACACAAACUGUAAAAAAGCUCAAAACAUGAUAAAAUGUCCCAAUUUAUAUAAUUUUAACCAAUUUAGAUCCUCGUUUUUGCAGUGUUGGCACAUAUUUUCCUUCAAAGGGACCAGGCACAUCCUCAGUAACUAAAAAUUGUAUUCAUUUUUACAAAGCUGUGUAUUAAAUGUCAAUUUCUUUUUCUUUUUUUUUUUUCUUUUUUUCCUUUUUUUUCCCUGUAAUAUCAAAUGUUUUCAAAAAUUGUUGUAACCUUUUUAUACUUUAGGUAAUUUUUCACAUUUUUAGUCUGGGUUAAAACGGUGAAACUUUUAAAGACUAUUUUAAAUUUAAGAAAAUUAUAGAUAUUUAUUUUUCAAUGAAGUUAUACAUAAAAAAAGAUUUGGGACAAUAAAAAAAAAUACUGGAUUUUUAUGUCAAAAAAAUUCACAUUUCACAAACAGUGCCUUCUUUCUGCUUUAGUGUUUCAUACUGACUGUACAUACAAAAAUUACACUGUUUUUGUCAUUAUUUUUGGAGAUAAUUUUUGAAUAUUAUUAAAUAUAAAUGAGGAUUUUCAGGGAGUUGGAGAAAGUUUGGUGAUUUUUGACUGUAAUGAAAAUGUAAGAGUGGAUCCAGUGUUAAACACAGGGCUCCUACAGACACAUGUUUAAACAGGCACGGGAAUAACCACUAGACCAGGACUAAACCAGGACUAAACCAGGACUAAACCAGGACUAAACCAGGACUAAACCAGGACUAAACCAGGACUAGACCAGGACUAAACCAGGAUUAGACCAGGACUAAACCAGGACUAGACCAGGACUAAACCAGGACUAGACCAGGACUAAACCAGGACUAGACCAGGACUAAACCAGAUCUAAACCAGGACUAAACCAGGACUGAAUCAGGAUUGAAUCAGGACUGAACUAGGACUUAACAUGAUCUAAUAAUCGCAGCUAUUCCUGUACUUCUUUGUUCCACCUGAAGCAUCUGUUACUACAAAAAUGACCUACUAGUUUUAUUACUACUACUAGUACUACUAGUACUACUACUACUACUACUACUACUGCUACUACUACUACUACUACUACUACUACUACUACUACUGCUACUACUACACUGAUAUUGUUACACACUCUUCACUGUUGCCUUGAAAUUUCAUUGAUCUUACAGCUGCACUAUGUAACUUUUCGUUUGCCUGAAAUGUUCCACAAUAUGGCAUUAAAUAUAUCAACUUGUAUUUAGUGCAUUUACAGGGGGUUUUAUUGCUCAAAAAUACUUAGAAAUCCAGAUCUCCUCUCCACAGAGCUGAUUUGUAACUUUGAGUAUGAGCGUUGCCUGCUUGUUUCCAUAAAGACAAGUUCAGUGCCGUACUCUGGAACAUUCUUGGCAAAGCAGUAAGAUCUCCACGGAGACGAGAAGCUGGUAGGUCCUCGUGAAAGAAAAGUUCCGCAGUGCAUCUUUAAUGCCCAUUGGGUGGAUUCUGUAGGAGCCCUGUUCUUUGUGAAACAGACUGAACCAAACCUGUGACUGAUCAGCUCCAAAGAAAGAAUAAAUGUUCCUCAAACUCAA